AUGCAGGAGUGUCGGCGUCCGUUGGUGGUCCUUGUGGUAGGAAUGGCGGGGACUGGGAAGACGACGCUGGUGCACCGAAUGCAACACUACGUGAUGGAGCAAAACAAACAGGCCUAUUUUAUGAAUUUGGAUCCUGCUGUUGCAGAGGUUCCGUACAACGCGAAUAUUGACAUUCGCGACACGGUCAACUACAAGGAAGUGAUGAAGCAGUACCGCUUGGGACCUAACGGGGCCAUCAUGACAGCGUUGAACCUCUUUGCCACCAAGUUCCAUCAAGUGAUCAGCAUCCUUGAAAAGAAAGAGAAUUUAGAAUGGAUUGUGGUUGACACACCUGGGCAGAUUGAAGUGUUCACGUGGUCGGCUUCGGGGCAGAUCAUUGCCGAGUCGCUCGCGGCGUCGUGGCCAACUGUCUUGCUGUUUGUCGCGGACGUCACGCGCUGCGCUAGUCCACAAACGUUCAUGAGCACCAUGCUUUACUCGAGUAGCAUCAUGUUGAAACAGCAGCUUCCCUUGCUCCUAGUCUUCAAUAAAACCGAUAUCGUCUCUUCGGAUGGGGCUGUUGGUUGGAUGAAGGACCCCGAUGCGCUGGCGGAGGCGGUCAACAGCGGCGGCGAAGACAACUACGCCGGAAGCCUCGUACAAUCCCUGUCGUUGUUUGCCCACGGUUUUUAUGAGGACAUCCCUGUUGCGAGCGUUUCCGCGGCAUCCGGCAGAGGCAUGGAAGAGCUAGAGCGGGCCCUGGCUGCAGCGAAGCUCCAGUACCUCUCCGAUCGGGAGCCGGAGUUGAAAAAGCGGGAGAAACUGCGAAACGAGGAGUCUGCCGCGGGCCUGGAGGAGAUGCUCCGCGCCUA